CAAAUAUACGUGGAAUAAGGUUGACAAAAGUGGCUUCACAAGAUGUCAUUUGCUUCAUUCUUUCUACUGGGGUUGAGAGAAAAACGCAGUUUUUUUUUAUUUCACUGGAUAAAUUAAUUGAUCCUUGCUCAACUGUUUCCUGACCAUCAUCCAAUGACUUAUUACGUUUAAAUAGGAAGAUAGUUAUUCGGCAUAACCAGAAAUAUUUUUUUUGGCACGAAGAACUUUUAGUUAUUCCCAAACCUAUCACAAUUGCCGGUUUACUAUAAAUAUCUAUAUCGUGCUCGUUCAGAGUUCUUCAUAUAAUGAAGCCUGACAACGACAUUGCCAAAUCCCAACUUUCGAGUGUUCUCAACUCGGAAUUAUUAUUCCACUCGGAGAAAAACAUUGAUCACAACAUGACCUUGACUAAAAGGAACAAUAAUCAGAUUAACGGAACAACUGAAGUCAUAAGAAUUUCUUCCACUGAAAAGGAAACUGAUCCCCCAUUCGUCCCCGAUAUUGAAGGUUUUUACGACCGGCUCAUAAAUGAGGCUCCCUACAUCCCCGGUGAUAAGAUGGACCUCGUUCCAGUGUCGGAAAUACCUUGGGCUAAUCCCUCCUUGAUGAAGGACGGGGUCAAGUUUGGAAUAUGUAACUUGUUCGCCCUGGUCAUGGCCAACACAGCGGCACUCAUGUUCGGCUUCUCAGUUAAGCCCGAAUCCGUCGUCCUUCUCAAAAGUGGCAAGUUUCAUCAACCUGAGAAUGCAUUCCUUCGGUACAUGUCUACUGGUAAACGCAUCUCAACUUGGUACCGUUGUAAUAUUUGCGAUGUCAACUCUGAAGGUUUCAAACAAAUCAAGGCUGUUCGGAAGCUCCAUACUUAUUACGCCAAGAGUUCCAAACCCUUUCCAUCUUUAGCCGAGAUGGGAUAUACUCCAGAUAUGAAGAAGCUAGUAAAUGCGAUUAGAAAAGAUUUAGCCCAUCUUAAAUUCCCUGACGCCCCCGAGCAUCUGCUCACGUGGAAUCCACCACUUCAGUUCAGCCAAUUUGAUGUCGCGAUGACGCAGUUUGGCUUCAUUGGGCUUGUGUAUCUCUACCCGAAGUCCUUGGGUGUUACAAAUAUGGAAUUAAUGGAUGGAUUUUUCCACUUUUGGGCUGUGAUUGGGCGGUUGCUGGGUCUGGAAGAUCGUUUUAACUUGGCACUUCAUGCAGAUCCAAAAUUAUUCAAAAAGCUGUAUGAAAACAUUGGGAUGGCAAGUUUGAAAUCAACGGAUAAACGAGUAAUCAGUCUCCAAUACGCAUUGAUGGAAGGUUUAGGCAAGCGACUGCCCUUAUUAACCAUGAAAGGCUGGGUUUACUAUGGGCUCAAGGACCAAGGUGACGACUUUGAGGGUACAGAAGUUUGGAAAUUGAUGAACGCCAAGGAUAAAAUUUGCUACUACAUGAUAAAGGGCACCAUGGCAGGUGUUCGUAACAACAUAAUCAUUAGAGUUUUUGUGAAUCUGCUAUCACUUUUGCUUCUUCAAUUAUCUUACUGGAUAUACCUUCCUAAAGGUUGUCCCCUGACGUAAAUUUAUUUUAAUGUAAACAAAACAUCUGUUGUACAAGUUACCAGUAUAGUUUGUUGCCAAUUAAUUACUUUACUAAAUAAUUUUGUUUUAUUUUUCAUGAUACAUAUGCUAUAAAUAAACUGACGAUGAGUGCCAUGAUUUCACAAGUCAACAAUAACCAUACGAUUUUACUCAUGACUAUAUGACUCGAACUAAUUGGAAAUAAUUUGAAACACUCAUCAUUAACAAUUAAACUAACAUUUAUUUGACCUCUAGCUACCAAUAUUUAUUAUAACACUGAUAAUAAAAUGUAGUUGCAGAACUAUUUUGA